AUGGACCCCCUUAUUCUACUACUUCGCCGACUCAAUCGAUGUGUCAAACUUGUCAUUGGGCCCAAUUCCAUCGACCACAGCUUUCUCGAUGUCUUGUUGCCCCCUUGGGACGAAGAGGCAGAGUUAGAGGCUGCAGAGUUGAGAAAUAACAUUCCUCUCCCAACUCUGGAACAUCUUUGCAUCGAUUUCUGGCACAUUAUCGAUAAUCUGACUUGGGAACUUGCAGACCGAGAGUACGCAGAGGCAGAACUGCGGGCGACUUUCACCAAGGCUUGCCUCGAUUCCUGGAGCGAAGAAAAAAUAUGGGUGCCCUCUGAAGCGGCUUGA